AUAUCGAUAAAAGCAUUAAAUAUUCAUAAGAUUUGGCGCUUUUACGUAUUUAGGGAGUUAAUUAUUCUCAAAAUUUUUUACUUGAAACGUCUACAUUUGUGACGUCAUGCCAUAUACCGGCCAUAUUGCUAAUUCUUCAUGUCAAACUAGACCUUUGGGAUGGUCUAAAUAAUUGUAAAUAUUCUUUAUUUUACGAAAAUUUUUAUGUUAAUCAUUUUUCCGUUACGUAAUAUUUGGUAAGUUUCAAUUUUAGGAAAAAUUCCCAUCGGGUUUACUAAAAAAUCUCCGUGUUUAACAUGUGAUGCUAUUUUGUCAACAUUCUUGGGUUUAAUUAGGGACAGGUGAUUUUCAAUUAAAAUAGACUCUAAGCACUACCUCAACGGUAUCGUAAAACUUAGUCUGGUGUUUCCCUUGGCAGAUAAACUACUUUCGCAAGUGUGGUAUUGUUCGCUGCUUAACUUUUCAAUAUGAAUGCUUCGGAACAUGGAUUUAACCCCGCAUUUAAUAUGGCUACAAUUAAACAGGCCAUCAAUGAAGCCGUUGAACGAGUGCGAAUGCCGACCCCCAUGCGCCUGCGAGAUUUAAUUAGGCAAAUACGUGCAGCACGAACGGCAGCAGAAGAACGGAGCGUAGUCAAUAAAGAAUGUGCGUACAUUCGGUCUACAUUUCGAGAGGAAGAUUCAGUGUGGAGAUGUCGCAAUAUAGCGAAAUUGUUGUACAUUCAUAUGCUCGGGUAUCCCGCUCACUUUGGACAGCUCGAGUGCUUGAAGUUGAUAGCCAGUCCACGAUUUACAGAUAAACGGAUUGGAUAUUUGGGAGCAAUGCUACUGUUAGAUGAACGGCAAGACGUUCAUCUGUUAAUUACGAAUUGUUUAAAAAAUGAUCUUAAUUCAACCACACAGUUUGUCGUCGGCUUAGCUCUGUGCACUCUCGGCGCUAUAGCUUCGCCGGAAAUGGCCCGAGAUUUGGCCGCCGAAGUGGAAAGGCUCAUGAAAUCGCCUAACGCUUACAUACGUAAGAAAGCGGGACUUUGCGCGUUUAGAAUAAUUCGAAGAGUGCCUGAUCUAAUGGAAAUAUUCCUACCGGCGACUAGGAGUAUGCUAUCGGAAAAAAAUCACGGGGUUCUAAUUACGGGAGUAACGCUUAUCACGGAAAUGUGCGAGAAUAGUAUCGAUACAUUAAAUCAUUUCAAGAAGAUUGUACCGAAUUUGGUUAGAAUAUUGAAAAACCUGAUCCUGGCAGGAUAUUCGCCCGAGCACGAUGUCUCGGGAGUUAGCGAUCCAUUUUUACAGGUUAAAAUUUUGAAACUUCUGCGGGUGUUGGGGAAGAACGACGCUGACGCUUCGGAGGCGAUGAACGACAUUUUGGCGCAAGUGGCGACUAAUACUGAAACCAGUAAGAAUGUUGGUAACUCGAUUCUGUACGAAACUGUACUUUCGAUAAUGGAUAUCAAAUCGGAGAGCGGUUUGAGGGUGUUGGCGAUUAACAUAUUGGGGCGGUUUUUACUGAAUAAUGAUAAGAAUAUACGCUACGUCGCGUUAAAUACGUUAUUGAAAACUGUACAUAUUGACACGUCGGCCGUUCAAAGGCAUCGGUCCACGAUAUUGGAAUGUUUGAAGGAUCCCGAUGUUUCCAUUAGGAGGCGUGCGAUGGAGCUAUCGUUCGCGUUGGUCAAUUCGCUGAAUAUUCGAACAAUGAUGAAGGAGCUGCUGACGUUUUUAGAAAAGUCUGAACCUGAGUUUAAGGCGCCCUGUUCGUCCAGUAUAGUGUUGGCGGCGGAGCGAUUCGCACCAAAUAAACGGUGGCAUUUAGAUACAUUGCUCAAAGUGUUGGUUGCGGCCGGCAAUUACUUACGGGAUGAUGUGAUUGCGUCGACCAUUCAGUUGAUUUCCGAGACGACCUCUCAACAAGCGUACAUAACGUUACAACUAUGGUAUGCUCUAUCCGAGGAUAAAAUGGACAAACAGCCACUAAUUCAAGUAGCGGUGUGGGCCAUUGGCGAGUACGGAGACUUAGUGCUUUCGGCGACCUCGGACGAUAUUAGUGACGUUGCGAAACCAAGCGAGGAUGAUAUCAUAGAUGUAUAUAAAAGACUAUUGUGGUCUCCUCAAAACUCCCCCACAACAAAGCAAUUCGCUCUUAUGUCGCUAACAAAACUUAGCACCAGAUUUAGCGAAACUAACAGUAAAAUUCAACAAAUUGUAAGUUCAUUCUGUUCAAACCUCCACAUCGAAUUGCAACAGAGGGGCGUGGAAUUCACGCAACUAUUUGGAAAAUAUAGUAAUUUAAGAAGCGCUUUAUUAGAACGAAUGCCUCCAAUGGAAGUGGUUCGAACCGGCAAUGAAGUGCAAACCAAUGGUGAUAUGGACGAGAGCGAAGAUAAAAGCAAUGAAAGUAGCCCCCAGCAUAUUAAUAAUACUGAUUCGAAUGUGCUGUUAGACCUGCUAGGCGGUACUGAUAGUUCCGAUUUGGAUAUAAUCAAACCUAGUUCGAUUCCAACGCAACCCAUAUCAAAUAAUCAAGAUCUAUUAGAUUUACUAGGAGGAUUAGACUUAUCCAACCCCGUACCGACGACGGACACGAGCCUUGGGUUUAUAAUGGAAAAUAACAACGGUUCACUUCCGCUGGAUAAUAACGACACCUCUGGCUUCUUAAUGGGGGAUAUUUUAAACACUAAUUUAGUUAAUGAAAAACAUGUGCCUACAUUAACAGCGUUCGACAAAAAUGGUCUUAAAAUUGUAUUUUCGUUAGAGAAAAUGUCCGAGUCAAACAUGGUUUCGAUACAUUUAACCGCAACUAAUAGUACGAUAUCAAGUAUGACUGACUUCUUAUUUCAAGCUGCCGUUCCUAAAGCAUUCCACUUGCAAAUGCUGUCACCGUCGGGAACCAUGAUAUCUCCAAAUGGUCAAGUGACACAAAUUUUAAGAGUUACUAAUCCAAACAAGGGCGCACUACGAAUGCGAAUUCGAUUGUCAUAUACCAUAGAUGGCGCCCUCAUACAAGAACAAACGGAGGUAAACAAUUUUCCCACUCACAUUUGGGAUUGACGGAAAGUAGGUUAAGAUUCAUUAACGUUAACAUUUUUUUAUCAUCAUUUUCUCUGUUAUUUAAAGUAGAUUUUUCAAUCAUAGGUUUUAUACCUAGAUUUAGUUUUUUUGUGGUUAAUGCGUAUGCUGUAAAUAGUUACAAUAUUUUUAAUACUGAUCCUAUGUACUUAAUUUCUAAAAAUGCAAAAUAUUCUACAACUUUCUUUAAAUUUUUAUUUGCUCAACUCUGUACUCAUUUAUUUUACAUCUUGUAACGAUUUCGGUUGGGGAAUUGUGAUUGAAAGUGUCCAUCCAAUGUUGUUUGUUUCGUUAACACUGCACCUCUUACGUGGUGUGUUUACGCAAGUUACUAUAUCUUAAGGGAAAGAAUGGGCCACUUUAUGCGUCGCUUCACUAUAAAUUAUUUAUUACACUAAUUUAAUAUUGGAGAAUGUGAUAUCUUCAAUAUUUCUGCAAAAAUUAUUUCCCGCCUUGCCGUAUCAUUACAUUUAUUUCACACUACAGUAAAGCGGUGGAGUUGUAGCUUUGCAACUGCGUGUGCAGAGGCUUUUACUUAUAUCUAACAGUAUUUUUGGUCCCCCAAGUCACUCGAGAAAUUAGAGGCAUCUGCAGGAAAUCUUUAGUAUUAAUGCUAGUCAACAAAAUUUUUGCAGAAAUAUUAAGAAAUGGUUAGUUAUCGACUGCAAAAAUCGUUUUUUUAUAAUUAUAGUGCAUUUUUUAAACCAUUCCGAUUAUAAUUUUGAAGAAAACGACAUAUUUUCUAUAAAUAUAAGUUUAAGAUUCAUACUAUUAGUAAGU